CUUUUCCAAUUUUAUUUCAAGUCAUCAUCACUUCUAUCUAAAGUAAAAAACCAUCCAUUAACAUCAUAACAAAAAGAAGCCCUCCAAAAAAGGAAAUAACUGUACUUUUCUUUUAUUCUUAUUAUUAUUAUUUAGUUUGUCUCUUAAUUCAUCUUUUCUCUUUGUAUAAAAAUAAUAUAUUUCAUUUUACAUUCUUCAGUAACAUUAUCAUCAGUCACAAUUUAUCAACUAAUGCCAUUCAUGGAAACCAAUAGUCAUAAUAGAUAUAGUCAAAGUACCACUACUCAUCAUCACUUACAACCUCGUAGCUAUGGCUCUCAUCUUAAUACUUCACAUAAAUUACCAUCAUCAUUACCAACAAGUCGAUCAAUGAAUAUAAGUCCUAAUGAUGAUGAUGAAAGUUUGUACCUAUUAUGGACUCAUCAGCUCUUGGUUGAACGAGGGUUUAAUCCUACUCCCAUUGGAUCCAAAUAUAGUAUUGAUGAUAAUAACCAUGAUGAUGAUGAUGAUGAUGACGAUAGCGCGUCAUCUAUUUCCAGUAUAUCUGCUGAUAAUGAUGAUAACAAUCUUUCCUUACUUUUCUCUACUCCAGCCUCAGUUACUUCUCCCUCAUAUACACAUUCUAGUUCUAUGAUGUUAAUGGAUCCUACUACCACUUUGACUACUACUACUACUACUAGUACUACCCCAUCACAGUCAUAUAUAUCUUCUUUUUUUUCUUGUAUCCAUUAUUGUUUUUCCUAGAUGUAUAAAAGAAAUAUAUUAAGAUUCAUCAUUGUUCUGUUGAUUCACCUUUUAUGUUACAUGAAUGAUGAAUAUUAGGC